UUAUAUUUUACAAAGUAAUCUUGCUAAUAUUUUAAAAAAUAUAAAGUAUAGAAGAAACCAUUAAAAAAAUGAUUGUGGAGGAGACGCCGCAGAGCAGGGACCCGGAGCAGCUCGGAGGCGGUGAAUAAUAGCUCUUCAAGUCUGCAAUAAAAAAUGGCCUCCAAUAAAACUACAUUGCAAAAAAUGGGGAAAAAACAGAAUGAGAAGAGUAAAAAAGUUGAAGAGGCAGAGCCUGAAGAAUUUGUGGUGGAAAAAGUACUAGACCAACGUGUAGUGAAUGGGAAGGUGGAGUAUUUCCUGAAGUGGAAGGGAUUUACAGAUGCUGACAAUACUUGGGAACCUGAAGAAAAUUUAGAUUGUCCAGAGUUAAUUGAAGCAUUUCUUAAUUCUCAAAAAGCUGGUAAAGAAAAAGAUGGUACAAAAAGAAAAUCUUUAUCUGACAGUGAAUCUGAUGAUAGCAAAUCAAAGAAGAAAAGAGAUGCUGCUGAUAAACCAAGAGGCUUUGCCAGAGGUCUUGAUCCUGAACGAAUAAUUGGUGCCACAGACAGCAGUGGAGAAUUAAUGUUUCUUAUGAAAUGGAAAGAUUCAGAUGAGGCAGACUUGGUGCUCGCAAAGGAGGCAAAUAUAAAGUGUCCUCAAAUUGUAAUUGCUUUUUAUGAAGAGAGACUAACUUGGCAUUCGUGUCCAGAAGAUGAAGCCCAGUAAUUGUGUUUGCAUUGCUUUUUAUAUAUAUUUAUACAUAUAUAUAAAACCCAGGUCUUGUUUUUUUGACUUACUAGUGUGGAGAAAUAACUACAUUCUCUUGAAAAUCAAGUUUGAUAUGUUCGUUUUAAAGUGGUAUUGGGGGAGUUGUUGAGUUUUGUGGGGCAGGGGAGAUAUGUUGGGUUUUUUUUGUAUAGCACUGUUUACUUUGAACAAAUAAAAGAUUUCUGUAGUGGCUUCCUUUAUCAGAAAAGAACAUUUUGAUAUCAUGGUAUAUUAUUUUCUCUGCAUUAGAUAACAGUUUUUCUAAAUGCUGUAGGUAAUGAGAACUUGUGUUUCAUUCAUGCCUAAGGACCUUUUUGAGUUUUUUUUUAUUGGGUUUUUUUUGUGUGUAUACACAAAAUACACUUGUAAAUGGUUUUAAUUUUCUUUUUAAAAAACAUUCACCAAAACAAAAAACAUUUCACAACCAUGGAUAAGCCCAUGUUUAUGGGAUGCUAUGAUUUUGAGUAACCUAAAAAUAAAUCACUUCAGGUUAAGUUGAAAGAUUUCCUGAAGCCAUAGCCUUUCAGAUUAAAUAAUGUUAUAAUUAAGUGGACAAUUUAAAAGCAACCAUAUGAGAAUCCAUAUUUACAGACAUGCAAAUCCCAAAUUUAUUUAGAGAGUCCUAUAUAGGAAAAUGUUAAUCGCUACCAACAACCUCCCCAUCCAAAUGAAAAAAACUAGACAAGUCCUUGUGUGUUUUAAUUAGACAAGCAAGACAGUUAAGUGGACAUUUAAAGGUUCUUUAUAGUGAACCCCAUUCCCUUACAAGAAGUUGAAAUCCCUAGGCUAUAUCGAUCAUGACUCAUGGAAUGUCUGAGACUCCAUUCGUGGAAAUCUAAUCAGUUAAGAGAUGUUGGCAAUUUAGGACCUGCCAGAAUAAAUGAGUAAACAAGCUUUUGUAAUCUAAACUCUUGACCUGCAUGUUUUUCUUUACCCCAAUUCAUUUCUUAUAUGUAGGUCAGUCUCAGUAUUCGGGUUACUGGUUCAGCAGAAGCCAGGGAAAACAGUGACUUUGUCGUGAUCAGAAUGUUACCCAACUGUAUAUUGUUUACUUUAUUGUAAAUAACUGGUAAACAGUGGUCAAUAAAUAAUUUUAUAUGCCUUUAAAAAAAA